GAUGGAGCCGGGGACCGGCGGACCGCGGAAUCGGCCUGCCCUUUGGGCGGGCCCCCGCUUCUGGCCGCCCUUCUUCCCUCGGCGGUCGCAGCCAGGCUCUUCCGAGUUCCCCACCCCUGCUGCCCCGGAAAACCGCGGGGACCGCACCGUGCCUUCCUCCGCCCAGCCCGAGGCUCGGACCGGCUACUCGACGAAGCUGCUUUCCCAGCUCUUUGCGCCGCUCCCCAGCCUGCUCCAGAAGCUGCUGGUCUGGAGCCAGCUUUUCGGUGGGGUGAUUCCGACCAGAUGGUUAGAGUUUGCAGGAGGUUACGGCGCCCUGAGAGCCCUGAGGGGACGAGAGGAGCCAGCCGCCCCCGCAGCGCAGAAAUCUUUGACUUCUCUGCGGCUCGACUCUGCGGGCCACUCGGUUACCAGACCCCUUGAUUGGGUAGACGAGGGGAUCCCCUGGCAGUGUUCGUCCCCAGACCUAGAAUUGAAGCUGAAAGCCAAGGGAAGUGCUUUGGGAUCCGCAGUACACGCUUUUCUCUUAGAGCAGCAGCUGUGGGGAGUGGUGCUUUUGCCCAGUAGCCUUCCAACCCGUCUGUACUCUGAUCGGGAACUUGGCCCUUCGCCCUCCGGGCCUCUGGACAUUCAACGCUUAGGCAGUUGCAACGUAGUCUCCUAUUUGCUGAAGCCCUGCUAUCUAGACUGCCUUCCCCGGCUAGAGCUCGACUAUCAGAACAUCCACGGAAGUGGCGAGCUGGUUGAUUUCCAGGCACCGACCCCGGAGGGCAGCUGCCUGAUUGAGGACUAUUGUCAUUCCCAGCCACCGAGUGCAGAGAUCCCUUCUGCCUCGUGGCAAGAGGGUCAACCUCUUUCUGCAGAAGGCUUGCCAGAAAUUCACCAUCUUCGCAUGAAACGGCUGGAAUUUCUUCAGCAGGCUAGCAAGGGGCAAGAGUUACCCACCCCUGACCAAGACAAUGGUUACCACAGCCUAGAGGAGGAACAAAGCCUUCUCCAGAUGAAUCUGAAACACUGCAGUGAUAACCCAACACACUGUGAUCCCGAUGCUGGAGCCAUUCCAGAAACCACUCAGGAAUCCACUGAAGAAAGAAUAGAAUUGUUGACUAAAGAGGUUUCUCUUGCUUUGAAAAGACAGGAGUCUUCGGAGAGCUGUCCAUCUUGUGAGAUACCCGUGGAAAAAGGGCCUGAAGAGGACCAAAUAACUAUAGUUGACUACUCACAUGUAGAAGAUGACCUCAUUUCUACCAGACCCGCUUGUAGUAACAAACUGAUAGAUUAUAUUUUGGGAGGUGCAUCUAGUGACCUAGAAGCAAGUUCUGAUUCAGAAGAUGACGAUUGGGAUGAGGAAGCUGAGGAUGAUGGUUUUGAUAGUGAUGGCUCACUGUCAGAAUCAGACCUUGAACAAGACUCUGAAGGGCUUCACCUUUGGAACUCUUUCUACAGUGUAGAUCCUUAUAAUCCUCAAAACUUCACAGCAACAAUUCAGACUACUGCCAGGAUUGUUCCUGAAGCGCCUUCUGAUUCAGAGAAGGAUUCGUCUGACAAGUCUGAUCUAGAGAAUUCCUCCCAGACUGGAAGCUUUCCUGAGACCCCUGACCAUGAUUCUUGGGAGGAGGAUGACUGGGAAUCUAGUGCAGAUGAAGCAGAGAGUCUCCAACUGUGGAACUCUUUCUGUAAUUCCAAUGACCCCUACAACCUUUUAAAUUUUAAGGCUCCUUUUCAAACAUCAGGGAAAAAUUGGAAAGACUGUCAUGACUCAAAGAGACCAUUUCAAUCUAUUGUGGCCAUUUCUGAGUGUCACACCUUACUUUCUUGCAAGGUGCAACUACUAGGGAACCAAGAAAGUGAAUGUCCAGACUUGGUACAGCCUGAGGCUCUUUCUGAAGAAAGACAUGCGCUUAUCAAAAGAAAAAAGGUAACCUUCCUUGAAGAAAUUACUGAGUAUUAUAUAAGUGAUGAUGAGGAUCGCAAAGGACCAUGGGAAGAAUUUGCAAGGGAUGCAUGCAGGUUCCAGAAACGAAUUCAAGAAACAGAAGAUGCUAUUGGAUAUUGCUUGACAUUUGAGCACAGAGAAAGAGUGUUUAAUAGACUUCAGGGAACAUGUUUCAAAGGAUUUAAUAUUGUUGAGCAAUGUUAAGAUGAAUUGACAGCCUGUAGUCCUAGCAUAUAUUACCUCUUAUUUGAGAGGUUUCUUUUAAAAACAGAUAUUGGCAGCUGUCCUUUGACCGUUUUCUUUUUUAGAGGAAAUAUAACUUGGAUCCAAUGAUCUAGCCUGAUUUUUUUUUUUUUGCAACAUAUUUCACUCAGAUAUUCAUGUUUGAAGCCAGCCCUGAUAAUGAAGGAUGAGAUAUUGUGAUUUCUUUUCUUUUUUUUUCUUUUGAGGGUGAGAAAGCAAGAGUUUAUUAAGAAGACAAAAGUUCCCAAGUGGGAGGGGACAUGAAAGAGGGUUGCCCAAGAUAGUGUGACUUCUAAUCCUCCCUUUUUCAAAUUUAGUUGGGUGUGUUUUUAAAUGUCCUUUGCUUGGUUGAGGUGAAAAGGGGACCUUUUAGAGUUGUCUUUUUGUACUUCAAAACUUAUUUUCUUGGGGCUGAGCAUGGUGGCUCAUACGUGUAAUCUCAGCGCUUUGGGAGGCCAAGGUGGGAGGAUCAUUUGAGA